AUGUGCUUCAUCGAUCUGCAGAAGGCAUAUGACUCGGUGGACCGGGAGCUACUGUGGAAGGUGCUGGCCCGGGCCGGGAUCCCCGGGGAGAUGAUCGCCGUCAUCCGCAAGUUCCACGUCGGAAUGCGGGCCCGGGUCCGCACGGACGAUGGGGAGCUAUCGGACUGGUUCCCGGUCACGCAGGGAUUACGACAAGGGUGCUCAAUGUCCCCACUGCUGUUCAACGUCUUCUUCGCAGCGCCUCUCGAGAUCAUUGUCACACGGUUCAGCCAAGAUGAGGUUAUCGUGCGGGACCUAGUGUACUUGAAGGAGGAGGAACGGAGGGGGGGGGAAUUGCUGGACCGAGUCCGGAGGGCGGUGUGGGGGAUGCUAUAUGCCGACGAUGCCGGCGUUGUGUCGAAGUCCGCCGACGGCCUGGCGAGGAUGAUGACCAUUAUCGUGGAGCUGACCAUCGAAGCAGCGGGGCAAAGGUACGCACAGACGACCGAGUUCCGAUACCUGGGCGGCCUCGUCAACGAGCAGGGCGACCUUACCCGAGAGAUCAACCACAGGAGCAAAGCAGCGUGGGCGUGCAUUAAGCGAUACGCCACGGAGCUCUUCGACCGACCGGGAGCACCGUUUCGCCUCAAAGCCCGCCUGCUCCAGGCGGAGGCAGUGGAGGCACUGCUAUACGGCUGCAUGACAUGGUCCCCACGCCGCAACCACUACGGAAUGCUGCAGACGACACACCACCGGCUACUCCUGCGAGUCAUCGGCUACCGGCGCAAACGAGGCACCUACCGGCAGCUGUCAUACGCCCAGGCGCUAAAGAGGGUCGGCUGCCAGAGCGUGGAGGCCACUGUCCGUCAACGGCGCCUGCUCUUUGCGGGGGCCGUGGCAAGACAGCCAGACGGGCGGCUUCCGAAACGGCUGAUGUUCGGCGAGUUGGUGGGAGGGGAGGACCCGGGCCGGGGAAACCCGGAGCAGAACUGGCUGACAUGCCUGAAGGACGACAUGAAGAUGUUCGAAGCCAGGUACGGCUCCACGACCGACAAGCCGAGCGUCUUCGGAGUCCCGAAGUUAGUCUGGAGUGAGGCGGCGAAGGUGGAGGGGGGGGUACCGUGGCACGCGGGGGUGCUACAGGGAGCUGAGAGGUUUAUGGCCUCUUGGCACAAGGGCGAGGAGGAGGCCAGCCGACAACGAGCCAUCAAACGAGGAGACAGCGGGCCCAAAAAUAGUCUAGAUACGGCACCAAUCAACGGGGCGGUAGGGGGGCGGAAGGAAACGGCGCGGCGGGAAGAAAGCAAGCGAGAAGAGACCGACCGCGUGACGUGACAUGUUGCGGUUGAAUUUCAGCGACUAGUUUUUCUGUUGCCCUCUCCCCCGUUUGCUGUCGCGUUCAGACGGUCCCUACGGAUAUCCCUGUCUCUGUGCGAGUUGUUUAUGUCCUCGUGUGUCUUUGGUUUAUUUCGUUUUUGUUUUGUUUUUUUACUGGCACGUACUGCUGACCCUUGGGGUCCUUCCGGAAGGCUACCCCCCAGGCUGGUGGUGCGCACGUUUGUUUAGUUAUUUAUUUGUUUCUGAUUCUUUUGUUUUCUUGUAUUUUGUC